AUGAUAAACUACAUCCCUCCGCUCUUUGUGAAGCCUCUCCUGUACAUUGGUUUAGUCGUCUUUUUAAAACAUGCUUUGUGCCUCGUCUACUGGUUGUUAAAUUGUCUCAAGUGCAAAGUAUUUGCCAGAAGACUGGGAAGCUAUGGCGACACGGUUAUCAUCACUGGGUGCACGGACGGAAUUGGAAAGAGCUUGGCAUAUUCGCUGAUAAGUGAAAAUGUAAAUUUAUUCCUCAUAAGUCGUAACGAGGAUGCGCUGAAGAGCAUGAAGGAGGACCUACUCCAGAAGAACAGGAGCUACAAGGGGCAGAUAGAUUAUGCGGCGUUUGAUUAUAAUGCAAAUAGCUUCACCUCCUAUAGGGGUAUUCAAGAAAAGAUCGAAAAGUUGGAUGUCGGAAUUUUGAUCAACAAUGUGGGCGCUUCCUACCCGCACCCCCUGUACUUCCACGAAAUGGACGUUCACCUGGUAGAGCAGCUGGUGAACGUGAAUUUGCUGUCAUCCUACUACAUGACGAAGUUGGUGUUGCCGGGAAUGAUGCGGAAAAAGAAGGGACUCAUUUUGUACACGUCCAGCGGCGCGGCCACCCUGCAGUCCUCGCCCCUGUACGCAGUGUACGCCUCGGUGAAGGAGGCCAUCUGCUCAUUCGCCAAUUCGUUAAGUGUCGAGUUGAAGGAACAGAACAUCCAGGUGCAGUGCCACGUGCCUCUAUUCAUCGUGACGAAGCUGUCCAAGAUAAGGAAGCCCAGUGCAUUCGUCCCAACGGCGGAUGCAUACGCAAAGAGCGCAAUUAAAAGGAUGAAACAGGGGAAUAGCACCUUCAGCAGUGUUAUAUCCUCCCCCUAUGUCCUUCACAGAGUGCAAACCUGCCUCUACAACGCCGUUCCGAAGCUGCUGUUUGACACCAUGUCCUUCAUGACUCUCAAGGCAGUUAGACAAAGGGCGUUAAAGAAGGCGAGAAAAUCUGACUAA